AUGCCCGAAUGGUACAUCCCUCAGCGGCCAUCCCGAUGGCUUCCGAGCCACAUUGGUCGGAGGGCAACGAUGACCGCUCGGCGAUGGGAGGGGAUACUAUUUACCCCCUCUAGUCUAGAUCGACUCUGCGACAUGCCUUGUUGCGACGACUUGGAUAGCCGGCUGAUCAGCGUGGCCAACGAUUGGAUCCGUACUCUCAAGAAGCUCAUCAACCUGGAACUACAGCGCCGCAGUCACAAAGUCGAUGGAUAUUGCGAGCCGUACCAAUUUUCCAGGCUCCACGCGAUGGUCUAUCAACUACAUGACCGUAUUUAUAGAUAUUCGCGCGGUGUACCUCAGAUCCGCCAAACUCCUAAGCACCACCAGACAACAUAUCCCGGUCGCCCGGAGAGCGACGUUGCUCAGGCGCGCCAAACUAUUGCCAAAUUGCUGCAAAUGGAUUUCGGCACGUGGAUCGAGGACAUCAUAAUGGGAGGCUGGCUGCAUGCCUACCCGGGGGCCACGUUCACUGACUUUGAGUUCAACCCGGUUACUGGAGUCCUUGAUUGGACGGAUCACGAUGCGCUGAACGAUGGUUUAUUUCCUUGUAACUCGCUGGUACUAGACAUGAUCUUUCAAGAUCAAAAACCGACUGAAGAGGAUUUGGAAGGCGAGGACGAGAUUGAGCCUCGCUCCGUCUUUUCGUGGGUAUUGGGAGUCCCCGACGACGUGAACUUCUCCCAUGAUGGCGUUAUGGGGGGAAAGGGGUUCGUGCUAUGCAUCGAUAACGCCCCAGAUAUUACUAGCGACAUGAAUGUCUCGAUACGAUUAGACUUCAGCGCUAAUAACACCAUCAUGAGUAGCCACCGCUUUGAUAAUAUACCCGUCAGUCAAUUCACUGCUCAGCGGACGAUAUAUCAUGAGUCCCCUCAAUCGACGCCAUCAGCUACUGAUGAGGAUGAAGAGACGGAAUCGGAAGAUGAUGGACAGACGGAGUCGUACGAGGAGUAG